CACCUGCAGUCCCAAAAGAGAAUCUAUCCAAUCUAUACCACCAUUAAAGAAAGACCAAGUACUGCUCCUCCUUCUCUUCUUCGUCCUCGUGAGCUUGAGAAAUAGAGAGAGAGAGAGUUCUUCUAAUCCUUCUCUAGAAGAGCUCUCCAUCCCCCUUUGGAGCAGCGGAGGAGGAGAAGAAGGAGAAGGAGCUGUGUAGAAUGACUUCCGGAGGGGGCCGACUCCCAACCUGGAAGGAGAGGGAGAACAAUAAGAGAAGAGAGAGGAGAAGAAGAGCCAUUGCUGCCAAGAUCUUCACUGGUUUGAGGGCUCUUGGAAACUAUAAGCUCCCCAAACAUUGUGACAACAACGAGGUCCUUAAAGCCCUCUGCGCUGAAGCUGGAUGGAUUGUUGAGCCUGAUGGCACUACCUACCGGAAGGGAUGCAGACCUCUGCCACAACCGCCGCAAGAAGGGAUCACCGGAGGCCUCUUGCCAAACAUUAGCCCUCCGUCAUCAUCCUUCCCAAGUCCUGUCCCUUCCUACCAUGCCAGUCCUUCAUCAUCCUCCUUCCCGAGCCCCACCCGUAUUGACAAUGCCAACAAUCCCGCCGUCAAUCCCUCCUACCUUCUUCCCUUCCUCCGCAACCUCUCCUCCCUCCCGCCUCUCCGCAUAUCCAAUAGUGCGCCUGUCACUCCACCCCUCUCCUCUCCUACCGCUUCCCGCCCACCUAAACUUCGAAAACCUGAUUGGGAUAGCUCUGUGGUGCACCAUCCUAUAUUUGCUGCAUCUGCUCCUGCUAGCCCAACACGUGCCCGUCAGCUUUUCUACCCUGCAACAAUCCCUGAAUGUGAUGAAUCUGAUAUUUCCACCAUCGAUUCUGGCAGGUGGGUGAGCUUCCAGAUGACUGCCCCUGCAUCGCCAACUUUCAAUCUAGUUAACCCUGUUGCACCAAUGAAGAAUGCCGUGUUCAGUGGACUCGAUGCCAAUGGUGGAAUGCCUGAGAAAGCACGUGGCGUCGUGGAGUUUGAGUUUGGGAACAAACCAGUGAAAGCUUGGGAGGGUGAAACAAUCCAUGAAGUUGCCGUGGAUGAUCUCGAGCUCACACUUGGCACUGGGAAGAACCACUGAUGCAUGGUUAUCAUGUUUUUCGAGAGUUUCAGAAACUAGUGAUGAAUGCAUAGAGAUUCAUUCUUUCUGUUUUGAGUUUUCGAUGCUCAGUGCAUGGAUCUGUUGGGUUUGUAAAUUGGACGAGCAAAUGGGGAAGUAGAGCUCCCCCUUGUUAUCUUUAAAUUGUAGAAAUGUUGCUGUUCUUCAAAGAUGAAUUCCCUGAUUGCAGAACAUAUGAAUUGAUUCA